UAAAAUAAAGAUAAUGGAAAAAACAAAAGAAAAAGUUAUGAAAGCACGUUCAUAUCAGUUGGAAUUGGUUGAUUAUGUUUGCCAACGAAACGGCAUCAUAUAUUUACCGACUGGCGCUGGCAAAACAUUUGUAGCUAUUUUAGCUUUAAAACGUUUAUCGGCGAGUUUGCAAAACCCCAUUCGGGAAGGAGGAAAACGUGCUAUAUUUAUGUGCAAUACCGUUGAACUCGCUCGCCAACAAUGCCUUGAAGUACGAAAGUGCACCAAUUUCAAGGUUGGGCUCUACAUUGGCGAAAGGGACGUCGACAAUUGGUCUCAUAAAAAAUGGUCUGAAGAAAUAACUGAAAACCAGGUGCUUGUGGGUACAGCCCAAAUUUUCGUGGACAUUGUCAAUCAAAACGUAAUUAAACUAACUGAUAUUAGUGUCGUUAUAAUUGACGAGUGCCAUCAUGCAACUAAGAAUCAUCCUAUGCACACUUUUUUAAGUCUUUUCCAAUACGUUGAUCAAUCGCAACAGCCGCGAGUUAUCGGAUUAACAGGCGUUUUAAUAAAAGGAAAUAAAUUUAAAAGCAUUCAGAAAGCAUUGAAUGACUUAGAAGCAACCUUUCGGGGCAAGAUAGUCACCAUCAGCAGCAAAGAAGAAUUUAAUAAUGUAAUGGUCUAUUCCACGAAACCUAAUGAACGACUUAUUGCAUAUACUUCGCAUACGCCUUCCUUUAGAAUUGAAGGUAACAUCCAAAGCAUUAUUCAAGAUUGCAAGGAUGCUAUAGAUCGUUUUGAUAUUGGAAAUGUGCGUCUUAAGCUUACCAAAAGCUUGGCGAAAACGCAAGAACCAAAUAAAAAAAAAUUUAUUAAAAAUCUUCUAGACGACUUCAAGUAUCAAAUGAAGGACUUCGGCUUGUAUACAGCAUCAUUGGCUAUCAUGUCGAUAAUUAUUGAAUUUGAGGUGAAAAAACGUCAAUCAGAAACUACUGCCUUACGAAAUCUCUAUCGCUUGGUGAUCACCCACUGUGAAAAUAUCCGGCACAUAUUGGUUAAAGAAUUGUUAUCAUUUGUGGACGAAGAAAACGAUGAACGCAUCGAUGGUAGCAAAUGCAAUACGCCGGGCGUCAUUUACAAUUACAGUUCACCGAAACUGAGAGCCUUUCUUUUAACUUUAAAAAAUAUGUUUGCAGACAAAAACGCUGAGGAUAUUAACUGUUUGGUAUUUGUAGAGCGAAGAUACACGGCUAAAUGUGUGUUUUACGUACUUGUGAACUAUUUAAAACAAACCCCCGAACUAAAAGAUAUCAUUAGGCCGCAAUUUUUGGUAGGUCGACAGAGUAUAUUGCAUAGUAUUGAGAGUAUUCUGGAUUCAAAAUGGAAUAAGUCGGCCAUGGAUCAAUUUCGUACUAAAGAGUGCAAUUUGAUUGUAUGUUCUAACGUUUUAGAAGAAGGCAUUGAUGUGCAAGCUUGUAACUAUGUAUUUGUCCUGGACGAAUUGAAGACCUUCAAUUCUUAUAUACAAACUAAGGGCCGAGCGCGCAGUAAACAGUCUUUUUAUACCAUAUUUUGUGAAAAUCUCAGUAAGGAAAAAGUGGUCGCCCAAAUACGUUCGUACAAAGAAACCCAUGAGGAAAUUAAGCAAUUCCUCUCCACACGUCUGCUGCACUGUGAUGAUCCUAAUCAGGACGAUGUAGAUAAGCAAUUCGUGGAGCCAAUAACGCCUUUUGAGAUACCUAGUGGUGCACGUUUAUUGGCUACAUCCGCUCUAGUGUUACUAUAUCGUUACUGUCAAAGUUUACCGUGGGAUAGUUUCGGUUGCGUAAUGCCGUUAUUUGCUAAAUUACCUGAAAGUUCUACUGGCGCUUGUGCCGUUUCCUUAACUUUACCUUUACAAUCGACGAUCAAACAAACCAUAAUAGGUGAUUAUAUGCCCAACUGGAAAGGUGCGAAAAUUUCAGCGGCUUUUAAAGCAUGCGUUAAACUGUAUGAAGAAGGUGAACUGAAUAACUUUCUCCUACCCGUUAGUAAAACAGAGUGCAUAGCGAAGGUAUCUGAGGAAUUGUUUAAAAAUUGGAAAAAGCACAAUGACGAUGUUACUCUUCGACUUGUUGGGAAGAGUCAUCACCGCUUGUAUGAACGUCAAUGCCCUGAAGAAUUGCACGGAGCUCUGCCGCAACUUGGGCAGAAAUCAUAUGCGUACGCAAUACAGUUUUUCACCGAUUUCGAUGUAAAUCCAUACAACGCUCACGUUGUAAAAUAUCUUAAUAAUAAGUCCACUUAUGCAUUAUUGCUUUCGAAAAAGUUGCCAUUAUUAGCGGAAAUGCCAUUAUUUAUGUCACAGGGCAAAAUACGCGUUCGCAUUUCUAAUCACCCGAGAGAAUUUGUAGUGCAAACAAAUCAACAGCUCAAUACGUUAAUAAAUUUUCAUACAAUGAUUUUCAAAGAUUUGCUUCAACUUUGGAAAGAUUUUCUGGUCAUUGAUCGUCGCAAUUUGGAAAAUUCAUAUUUAAUAGUGCCUUUGGAUUCUUCUCAAUCAAUUGAUUGGCAAUUAAUAGAAAGCUUCCAAAGCUUAGAUCCAGCAAGAUCUUAUUCUGUGAUAGAGCGCAAACAGAAUGUAUACCGUCCGGAGAAUUUCCUUGAUAAGGUCGUAACUAAAUGGUAUAAUAAAAAUGAGGACGAACAAUUUGUUGUUGUUAAGAUACGUCAGGACUUGAAUCCUUUAAGUGAUUUCGACAAUAAUCAAUUCAAAAAUUAUGUGGAAUUUUAUCGAGCACGAUAUAAUAUCAAUGUGGUAGAUUGCAGCCAGUUUCUGCUAGAGGUAAAAGCUUUAACGAAACGUAGAAAUUUUUUCAUAAACGCUUUGGGAAAAUCGACGGAAAUCAAGAGAGAUCGUAAUAACAUACUUUUAUUACCAGAAUUGUGUCACAACUUCCAGUAUCCUGGACACUUGUGGUUGAAAGCAUUGUUCCUGCCCACUAUAUUGCAUCGGGUUUACUAUAUGCUGCAUGCUGAUAGUCUGCGGCUAAGCAUAAACCGAUUUUUAGGUUUAGGAAUUGAAUUCAGCACCUAUUUGCCACAUCCUUUGAUUGUCGACAGUUCACUGAAACGAGCUGUCGAUACAGACGGGAACGCUAUCAAGGAGGAAGAAUAUCGCAAACCGAAAAAGUUCCCAUCUUCGUUAACUCGUAAAGCUCACACGGACACGCUUCAAAUUCACAGUUUAGAUAAUAUGGAGGUGACAUGGAAGGAGUAUAUGGAGCCCAUUGAUUACACUCGCAAUAUGACCGAUGUAUUUCCUGUUGAGAUCGAAUAUUAUCACAAAUUUAUAAAUGGUUUAGUAGCAGAUAUUGAAAAUCUUCACUUGGAAGACGAGUCAUUUUUUACUCGAUCCCAAUUGGAUGUUGUUAAACCACCAUUGCCGAAUGCUACACGAGUUACUGACUCUCAGCGCGCUCCUUUGCCAAUAGAAGGUAAACACCCAUAUGAUAAAUAUCAUUUAGAUAUAUUGAAACGCAGCUUGGAAAGCAACUGCACGUUGAAAUCGGCUGAGCAAUAUGAACUGCUCGCUGCUAUCACCACCGCUUCUGUUAAUGACGUUUUCGACAUGGAGCGUUAUGAAUUGUUAGGCGAUGCCUUCUUAAAAUUCUCUGCUUCUUUGUUUUUGGCUAAUAAAUAUCCGAAGUGGCACGAAGGCUUCUUGACAACGAUUAAAGGUCGCAUGGUAUCUAAUCGUAAUCUCUUGUAUUGUAUGUUGGAAAUGGAUAUUUGCCAAAAAAUAUGUGCGAGUCCCUUUUCACCUUCGGUAUCUUGGCUUCCCCCCUUGGCAGCCAUACCCGGUAAUCUUCUGAAACUUUUUGAAACGAAGGAACUGAUACUGUCCAAUCUAACCGCAAGGAAUUUCUAUUCAUUGCAACUUUCCAAGGAAGAAAUUAUUAGUGGCGUUUGCUGUCCAGAGAAAUUAGCCCAAUUCACGGCGGCUUGUAAUAGAUCCAAAGACGUUCAUCCUGAUUAUGUUGGUUUAAGUGUUGAUAGCGACAUGAAUCCAUAUGUGUAUAAGGAAGCGUUGCGUGACAAAGUUGUUGCGGACACUUUGGAAGCAUUGUUGGGCGUUUGCGUAAAAAAUUAUGGUAUCCAUCGAACGUUCCGAAUGUUAGAAUAUUUUGGUAUCGUUAAACCCGAUUCAGAUAUACGCCUACAUAAUUUGCUGGACUUGCAAUUGGAUAGCACACAGCUACGGGCGAAUACUUCGAAGCGAGAAGUUGAGGGUUUCCUCAUCAAUUGCGAUAAAUUGGAACGAAAUUUGAAUUACAAGUUUCGCGAUCGCGCCUAUCUUUUGCAGGCCAUUACGCAUCCAUCCUUUCCGACGAACCGUUUAACUGGUUGCUAUCAAGAAUUAGAAUUUAUAGGCGACGCCAUACUUGAUAUGCUGGUAACUUGUUACAUAUUUGAGCGAUAUCAGAGUAUGACUCCCGGAAUGAUGACAGACAUGCGGAUGGCUCUGGUAAAUAACAUAACCCUGGGCUGCAUUUGUGUACGUCACCGCUUCCAUCUGUUUAUGUUAUAUGAAAAUUCAGCCCUUUCUGAGGCCGUUAAGACAUUUGCAGACUUUCAAGAAAAGCAACAACAACGUGUAACUGACCAGGUACGCAUUCUAAUGGAAGAAUAUAGAACAGCCGAAAGUGAUUUUGAAGACGAUAGUGACGAUGAUGAUGAAGAUGAUUUGUGUGAUCGAGAUGAAUCGAAUGAAGCAAACACAAGCCACGAUGAAAAUAAUAUCAAGGGAAGUUAUAAUAUUGCAGCUAAUGUGGAUGUACCAAAAGCUUUGGGAGAUGUGGUAGAGGCCUUAAUAGCAGCAGUCUAUUUGGAUAGUCGAGAUUUACAAACGACUUGGCGCGUUAUUUACGGUCUGCUUGAAAAUGAAUUUAUCGAGUUCUCUAACAAACUUCCAAUUGAUCCGGUGCGUCAGUUAACGGAAAACAAGGGGGCAGAUGCCAAAUUCAGUAAGCCCAUGCAAGAUAAUGAUAUUGUGAUGAUCAAAUGUUUGUUCAAUUGCCUUGAUAAAUCGAUGGAAGCAAAUGGUUUCGGCAGCAAUGCCAAACAAGCUAAAAAGGCAGCUGCCAAAGCUGCUUUACGAAUAUUAAGCAAACAUUCUAAUUAGGAAGUCGUGAUUUUUAUUUUCCAUUGUUAUUCGAAUUUUUUGUUUGCAUUUCCUUUUAUAAAGAAAAAGUUAUGUGCGCAUACGGAUAUGCGUGCAUUGUUGAAGUGCCUUUGACUGCGUUUUUCUGCGUUUUUACACAAAUUUUUGAAUAAUAUUCUUCUUCUAAUUUACUAGCCAUUCGGGAGCGAUAUUUUACAGAAACAUUCUGCGGUAGAAAGAAAUUUUCGAUUGCUUCCAAUUGCAGAAUUUAAUAUAGCUUUAACUUUGUUGUAGUUUAGCUUCCUGAAUAAGGACUAUCGUAGUUUUAUUAAAUAUAUAUAUAUAUAUAUAUGUUAAUUUACUUUAUACAAAUGUUAAUUUACCCCAUUAUUAAUGUUAAUUAAUUUGCCUCAGCAAACAUAGUAUUACGAUUAUAUUAUGACCCGCUUAUAAAUUCAUUGCGAGUAAACUUUCCGAAGAGAACUCAAGGCUUCAUUCCAUUUUUUUUUCCUCGUACAGUCCCUUUACAUCGAAUUCGGAAAGUCUAUGAUGUAUGUAACACCCAAAACGAAGCUUCAGAGAUCCUAUAAAGUAUAUAUAUUCUUGUUUAGCCAUGUCUGUCUGUCUGUCUGUCUGUGUGGUGUGUCCUGUGUGCUGCUGGUCGCAAAAAUGAUGAUAUCAACUUCAAUUGAAAGUUUCAAAAUGAAUAUGGUAGAUAACGCGAUCACUUUCUUCUUAAUAAUAUCAGCGAUAUGAGUAUCAAAUAAAAGA